UAUGUGAUUUCAAUAUGUGUUUCACAUUUGCAUGGGCCAGAUGGGAAGGUGCUGCUCAUGAUGCACGAGUCUUUUUAGAGGCAUUAAGAAGGCCAGAAUUGGGUUUUCCUCAUCCACCUAGAGGUAAAUAUUAUUUGGUCGAUGCUGGUUAUCCUCAAAUGAGUGGAUAUUUAGGCCCUUAUAAAGGCGAGCGUUACCAUCUUCCAGAUUUUCGACGAGGUAGUUCACCUAAAGGUAAAAAGGAAAUAUUUAAUCAUAGGCAUUCAUCCUUGAGGUGCACAAUUGAGAGAACGUUUGCCGUUUUGAAGAAUAGAUGGAGAAUGCUACGAGAAAUGCAUAGUUUUCCUCUUGAGAAACAAGUAAAGAUCGUUAUUGCUUCAAUGGCUCUUCACAACUUCAUAAGGAUUAAUGCUAAAAUGGAUAUGGAAUUUAAACCUUAUGAUGAUGAUCAAGGGUUGCUUCCACUUAAUGAAGAAGAGAGUAGAGUGGAUUCACUUGUUGAGGAAGAUGGUUCACAUCAUACAAGAGAGAUGGAAGAACAACGUGAUCGAAUUGCAAAUCUUCUCAUAUCUCAUUGAUGUUUGAUUAUGACUCUAAUAUGUAAGAAUAUAAUUUCCCCCAAUUUUUUUGCUAUGAAAACACUUGUCUUCUUAUUUACUUUUAAUUAUAAUUUUUUUUUUUUUGGAAACUAAUAUGUAAUCAUAUAUUGUUUUACUUUGAAAUUUAUCUUUUAUUCAAUGUUCUUUUUUAUUGA